ACAUGAUGUUGGUGACAAUUUACAAUACCAAAAAAAAAUAACAGUGACGAAUAAUGAACGGCGCAAAAUCAGAUUAUUAUUAAAUAAACAAUCCACUUUUCAACCACCCACCUUUUGAAAAUAUGUCCGCUAGUAAAUUAGACGCCGUUUACCGUAGUUUACUGCUUACGAAGUUUUUCACUAAAGGUUGGGGGAAACCUGAAAAUUUACGAAGGUUAUUUGAAUUCAGGAAGACAGUGUCAAAUCGUGAUAAAUGUUUCCCAUUAGUUGAAAAAGAUUACCCUGUAACAAUCACCAAGGAACAAAAUCUAGCAGACUGCAAAUUAAUAGAAGGAUAUUUUCUCUCGCCGUUGGAAAAAUUUCUGCCUGGCAUAGUACCUGAGAUAGCACAGAAGGCUCAUUUCCAAAUAUUACUGCCCAAUCAUUGGCCCGACCCAAACUGUAAGCCAGUAUGCCUACAUCUCGCAGGAACUGGAGACCAUUUUUUUUGGCGAAGACGAAACCUAAUGGUAAAGCCGCUGUUAAAAGAAGCCGGUAUUGGUGGGAUUAUCCUUGAGAACCCCUUCUAUGGGCUGCGGAAACCCACGGACCAGAUCCGGUCGUCUCUACACAACGUGUCGGAUAUCUUCGUGAUGGGCGGCUGCCUGAUCCUGGAGUCGCUGGUGCUCUUCCACUGGUGCGAGCGCAACGGGCUGGGCCCUCUCGGCGUCACCGGACUCUCCAUGGGCGGGCAUAUGGCAUCUUUAGCUGCAACGAACUGGCCCAAACCCCUGGUGUUGGUCCCGUGUCUGUCAUGGGCAACUGCAUCUGCUGUAUUCUUGCAGGGAGUAAUGUCGCAGUCUAUCAAUUGGGAUCUGUUGGAAGAUCAGUACCUCUCUGAUGGUGUGUAUAGAGAAAAGCUAUCGAAAAUGGUCACAAUAGUCGACGAAGCUUUCCUAGCCGGGAAAAAGUUCGCUAGAACAUACUCUAUUAACUUUAAUACUCCAGCUAAUCAAACACAAGACCCUAUCGUGGAUUCUUUAAAGUUAUCUGCAUUCAAGAAUCUAGAUAUUACGUAUAAAGAAUCCAGUGCCAAAGCUAUUGCUCAAGACUUAGAUAAUAAUAAAAAUGUGAUAGGUUUUAAACCAGAAGUGCCUAAAAGUGUAACGAAUGAAUAUAAUUUGAGAGAUGAAUGGAAAAAACUAUUAAACGACAAUAAAAUUAGUCAAGAUCUAUACGAAAAACUAACUUCGAAUAAAACUUUUGAACUCGAAGCGCAGGAUAUAGAAGAUAUAAAUAAAAUAAACGAUGGUCAAGUGAAGGAUUUACUACUUAAAUUCACCAGCGAUGUAGAGAAAGGGUCAUUAAUGGAAAAAGUAAAUAUAUGUGAGCCCAGUAAGCCUAAUUUGGCUACUGAUGUAAAUAAUAAUACUAUAAUUCCCGAGUCACAAGAAACUAACACGACUAGUAAUGUGAUAGCACAUGAAGAAAACAGUAAAACAAAUAUUUUAGACAAUAAAACAGCAAAAUUUGAAACGACAUCUGUUAGUGAUAAAUCAAAUUUGCCAGCCAUCAAAGAUAAUAAAGAGAAAAAGCCGUGGAACAUAUCCGAUCUUACAUCUGAUUUGUGGAUCAAUUUACCGUUCAUGAAAUCGAACGGGAGGAAGAUAGAUAUAAGCAAAAUCCACUGGAGGGACAGAGAGGCGCUACAGUUUAUGAGGGGCAUAAUGGACGAAUGCACACAUUUGAGCAAUUUCUCCAUACCCUUCGACACAUCUCUGAUAAUAGCGGUGUGCGCUCGGCACGACGCGUACGUGCCGCGCGAGGACGUGGGCUCGCUGGAGGAGAUCUGGCCCGGCGCGGAGGUGCGCUACGUGGACGCGGGCCACGUCUCCGCCUACAUCCUGCACCAGUCGCUGUUCAGAUCAUGUAUAAAGGAGGCCUUCGAAAGAUCCAAAAAGAAAUGGAAGGAUGGGAAACACGUUGUUUGACGGCGGUGCAAGAUGUUCACGACGACAGAGCAAUGUAGCUAACUAGAACACUGAGCCUUUAUGCAUUAACAGCCUGUGAGUGCCAGACCUUCGUCAUUUUAUAUACAAGUUGAAAGUUUGUCAGCUCAGGCUAUUAUAGGUAAGUCAUCAUCAUCAUCAUAUAAGACGAUGGACGUCCACUGCAGGACAUAGGCCUUUUGUAGGCCAUAACAUCACGAUCCUGAGCCACCUGCAUCAAACGAAUCUAUGCGACUUGUUUGAUGUCGUCAAUCCACUUGAUGGGAGGUCGACCAACACUGCGCUUUCUACUGCGGGGUCGGCAUAUUUUAUAUUUUAUACGGGAUACCGUGAGAAGUCAUGUCCCCAACCAUUCGUUGUAGACCCUUAACCUUUUUGUCGUUAGGGAUAAAUUUGUAUCAAUAACGAGGUCAUCAAAAACUUAAACCAACCAGCUGUUUUUUUUUUACUGCUGCUUAUUUAAUAGUUAUACAACUUUACAGCCACAAUGUCUAAGAAAUUUUUAAUACCUAGUAUUUUUUUUUUUAUUCUUUACAAGUUAGCCCUUGACUACAAUCUCACCUGAUGGUAAGUGAUGAUGCAGUCUAAGAUGGAAGCGGACUAACUUGUUCGGAGGAGGAUGAACAUCCGCACCACUUUUCGGUUUCUACACGGCAUCGUAUCGGAACGCUAAAUCGCUUGGCGGUACGUCUUUGUCCGUAGGGUGGUAACUAGCCACGGCCAACAAAUUAAGAAAAUCUCAGUCUGCCCAGCCGGGGAUCGAACCCAGGACCUCCGUUUUGCAAAUCCACCGCGCAUACCACUGCGUCACGGAGGCCGUCAAAAUAUCCUGAAUCCUAAAAUCCUGAUGACGCUGCUCACUGAAAAUUAACUUUUAUGUGUAAUCAAUUGUAAAAAUGCUCCACGGAUACUGGACUAUGUGAUGUAAUUGUCUGACAAACUAUCAGUUUUUAUAACACAUGAAAAUCUGGUUAUAACCUUCUUUCAAUGUAUAUGUAAUGUUUUUUUAGUCAUUUCACCUAUUUUUUUUUAGUUACCAAUCGUAACACACUUGCUUUUUAUGUACAAAUAUUCCUUUAAAAUGGUCUCAUUCAACCCUGUUGUAUCUAAUACAUACAUCUUUUAAUGUGUUGAUAUCUUUAUAAUACAUACUUAAUCACUUACCUAUCAUUAUACAGGAUGCUCGGGAGUUUUUCCUAUAACUUCAAGGUAUUAACUUGUACGAACCGAACUGCAUAACUAAUAUAUUAUUAAUUAGAAAAAAAUUGUUUACAAGUAAUUCAAAUAAUACCGACUAUCCAUGUAACACACGCCUUUACCACGUGACAGAGCGACAAUGGCUUUUAAAAUAUAAAUACGUCAUUAUAAUAAGGAUGCGUAUAAUGGACACAUUUUAAGAUCUAUUUACAAAAGAAAUAUUAUUUACUCCGAAAGUAUUCAUUAACCGACUUCCAAAAAGGAGGAGGUUCUACGUUCGGCUGUAUGUAUGUUUUUUUUAGAACACAUAUUCGUUGAACAUUUUGAAUUAAUUUUUUGCUAAAGAAUAUAACCCUAAAGUUAUGGUUAAAUACUCCCGAGCACCCUGUAUACAUUAUAUCAUGUUGCUCAGAGCUGUGAAAUUUAUUAUGAGUAAUAGUUAUAUAACUAAAAAAAUAUAUUAUGUAUUAACCUAGUUUUAGAGUGUAAAUUUUUCGUCUAAUAUUACCUGUUGUGAAUUUAACGAAACAUUUAAGUCAUUAGAAAAAUUGUGCAAUAAAUUUAAUGUCGUGCCACAUGCUGUUUUAACCGUAUUUAUAUAACAUAUCAUUAAAAAAAAUAUAUAUAAAGUACCUAAUAAAAAUAAUACGUAGGUUUUCCAAGUGCAUAAAUACGGGUCAACCGUAUUUUUUACAAACGUCAUAGCCCAGAAGGUAUCUCUAAUAGCCUUCUGCAAUCUAAUUCACUAACUUUGACGUAUGUCAGUUGACAUAUAAUAUAUGUAGGUACCUAAUUGAGAUUAUAUGUGGCAAAUGUCAUCUGGUGCCUACUGACAUCCCAUCGUGGAUACUGUAGGAUACUGUAGGUAGAGUCCUUUUCAUGAUAGAAGUCCGCGGCUAAAACCUGAACUGCAAUUGACAGCGUCUUACACAAAUGACAUUAAGACCGCCAUUACCAAACGACGAUGACGUCAUUAAGACAUUAGCGCUUUGACUGGGGGACUUCUUGCAUGAAAAGGACUAUAGGUGACAUUUCUCAGAUGAUUGUGAUGUUUAUUUUAAUAAGGUUGUUAAUAAAUACCAAGUUAGUGAAUAGACCAGCAGGGCUAUGAUGUUUGUAAGCGAAAAUUCGUAAAUUGCAAUACAGUUUGUAAUAAUGGUAUUUAGCCUUCUUGAAUAGCGGAAUUGAUGAAAAUGUCCCACAAAUUAAACAUUCAGUUGUUAUAAAAUCACCUUUAGCUAAUAUCACUGGUGUGUUCACUAUAUAAAAAAUAACUUAAGUUUAAAUAAAAUAUGUGUUUUAAUUACUAAAUUAACGAUAACUCAUGUUUAGAUAACUAUUAACUUUGUCAGUUGUUAGUUUUAAUUAAUUGCAAAAUGCCAUAAAUCCUUUCGACCGUGCACAAAAAUAAAAAAUAAAAAUCUAUUAUAUCCGUUAUUAACAAUGAUUGAAUCAUGCGCCGUAUGUUUUAAGUUUCCUAUCCUCAAGUACAAAAUAAUUAUUAUUUAUAAAAUAAUAGUCUUUUUUGUUAAUUAUUUUGAACGUGUGUAUAGUUUAGAAAUGAAUUUAGUGAAACGCUUCUAGAUGUUAUUUAUUGUUAACAUUUUUAAAAGUGUAUAAAUAAGUGUCUCUAUUGAGAUUGUAAAGUGUAAAUUAUAUUUUUUGUACAAAUAAAUAUUUUUUUUUCCAU